AUGACUGCAACUCUUAUUGAUCUCGCCAUUUACCAUCAUGGAUCCUUGAGUGGACCGCGUAUGGAAUAUCUAGGAGGUGAAGUGAUGACUGUAGAAGAGUUGGAUGCGGACCUACUAUGCUUUUCAGAUAUUGCCAACAUAUUGGAAUUAUACUUGGGGUACAAAUACAACAAUCUUCCUACUUUGUACUACAAGUUUGAUGACGAGAGCAAUGAGUAUGUACAUAUAUUUAGUGAAGACGAAGAUAUCGUCACCAGGCUAAAACAAGUGGGUAAUGGUAGGAGAAACAAAUUGCACAUAUUUGUCGACCAUGUUGAACCAGCCCCGAUUGAAGUAUUAGAACCCUUGCUGAUGCUUUCUCAGUCACCUACUCAAAAAGAUGUUGAACAAGAGACUCCACAAGAGGCUGCCCAGGAAGUUGCACAAGAGCCUUCACAAGAGGCUACAAAGCAUAAUGAGGAGGAAGAUGAUAUUGUACAAGAUGAGGCAGAGAAGAGUGAACUAAGUGAUUUUGAAGUAACUGAUGGUGAGGAGGAAGACAUUUUCUUACACAAGUAUGAUGAAUGUAUACGUGAUGCUAGAGAAGCAUCAACGAAAUGGUUUCAGACAUGGGAUGAAUCAUCCAAAUCUAAGGUGGUGGGGGAUAAUAUGUAUGAUCCAGAUGAGGACCCUGCAGAGAGUGAUGGCUUUUGGAGCCUAGAUAGUGAGGGUGACGACAGUGAAGGUGAACCAAGACGUGUUAGGAGGAGGUAUCCUGAAUGGAGGGAAAUUACUGACUUGAAAGAGAAGGUAGAGUUAAAAAUUGGGAUGAAGUUUGUUGACCCCACUCAGUUUAAGGAAGUAUUGAAACUGUUCGCAGUUCAAAACGGUUUUGACUACAUUUACUUGCGAAAUGAUAAAGCGCUGGUAACCGCCGCUUGUAAGACAAAGUGUGGGUGGAGAAUACAUGCAUCUUGGAUGAAUGCCAUUAAAUAUUUCCAGAUCAAGACUUUCAUUAAAGAGCAUAAUUGUGGCAGUCACUACUACAACAAGAGGGCAACAAUAAAGUGGGCUGCACACCGAUACAUGGACAAUGUUCGGGACCAACCAGAUUUGAAAGCAAGUGCAUUAAAGGAAAUGAUCCGUAGGGAUUAUAAUGUUGAGCUAAGUUUGCUAAGUUGUCACCGAGCGAAGAAGAUGGCAUUGGAUAUUCUAUUAGGAAGACAAGGUGAACAAUAUAAACAUAUACGAGAGUUUGCAGGUGCGUUAAUCGAAUGGAAUCCUGGCACAUCAGCUUAUAUAGCACAUAAUGGAAUGUUCUUCCAACGGAUGUAUGUUUCACUAGCAGCUUGUAAGCGGGGCUUCUUGGAUGGGUGUAGGCCCAUGAUUUGUGUAGAUGCUUGUUUUUUAAAGAGCCGGUAUGGUGGCCAGCUGCAUGCAGCCAUUGCAAGAGAUGCAAAUGAUGACAUUUACCCAAUAGCAUUUGCUGUAUGUGAGUGCGAAGAUAGACAUACAUGGACAUGGUUUCUAAAACUUUUGUUGGAUGAUAUUGGUUAUCCGCGAGAACGCAUGUGGUCAUUCAUGUCCGAUCGACAAAAGGGGCUGCUUGAAGCCAUGGAGAAUUUGAUGCCUGGCCUGGAGCAUAGAUUUUGCUUGAGACACUUACAUGCAAACUUCAAAAGAAUAGGGUACAAGGGUAAGGCCUUCAAGGAUGCUUUGUGGGGUGCAGCUCAGGCAGCUAAUGUGUUACAAUUCAACCACUACCUAUCGGUCAUUAGAGGUAUGGAUGAAGGUGCAUUCAAUUACAUUAACAAAAUAGACCCUCGGAUGUGGUCAAGGCAUGCCUUUAGAGAUAAUAGUUGCAGUGAUAUUUUACUUAACAAUACUGCUGAGUGUUUUAAUGCAUGGGUCUUGGAAGCAAGAGAUAAGCCUAUUAUGACCUGUAUGGAUACAAUAAGGCGGCUACUAAUGCAUAGGUUCAAUCAAAAAAGGGCUGGAGCAGAAACUUCAAAAAAUGUGAUUUGCCCUAAGAUUAUGAAGAAAUUGGAUAAAAACAAGUCAGCUGUGACAAUCCUAAGUCCCUUUAGAGUAUUUGUAGUUGACUCGUAG